AUGAACGAGCCAGCGAGGGUAUCGCUUGCCCGGCGCUUGCCGUUUCUAACACUAGAAUAUGGUACGCAAAAUGCCUCUAUAUCAGGAAUCAAAUUCAAUCUUGAUAACUUGACCGAAUGGAACACUUUCUCACGUGACAUCCACAACGCGCUCCAGACGGUUGACCUCGAUGUGAUGGUACCAGUCGAUGUUAAGACCGAUAAAUACAUCAUCGGAAGCGAACUUGGACUUACUGGGCGUUUCACCAAACACGUGUGUGACCCCGUGGUAAAUGCUCUGAUCGCGGUAAGAGUACCGCUUCGCUUUGCAGAUCGGCAGGCAAUUCCUCCCCCGGCAACUAUGAUUGCAGACAUCGUCCUGUCCAAACGCGAUGUCACGCCCCCGUCUGUUAUCAUGGUGAUCGAAUUGAAAACGUUAUGGACAUUCGAUCUAGACGCGUGUAUCACUAGCCCCCUCGACCAGAUGCUGCUCACACAUAUUGAACCACACAUUGGCCAGCUUGUCGCCCAAAUGCGUGAGAGCUCCGCCAUAUAUGGUGUAUUAUCGACCUACCAAGCGACCGUAUUUUUGAGAAGGGACUCGGAUACGAAGUUUUCGAUCAGCCAGCCGGCUCUCCGGCAUCGAGCGGGCAGUCCAGCAAUGCCAUCCGUUAAGCAAUGUGUUAUGGGUCUGGCACUACUGGCUAAUUCAACAGCCCCAUACGUCGAAGCCCCUGGAUUUCGUGGGCAAGAGGCUUACUAA